AUGAGCACCGACGCUGUCGAGGAGCUGAGAAGCUCUCUGAAGCAUCUUUACAACAAUCCCGAGUUCUCAGAUCUCACUAUUGCCAGUCGCGAGAAUGAGUAUCACGUUCACAAGGCGGUCGUGUGCCCAAGAUCCAGCUAUUUCGCCGAGAAAUGUCGUGAAGCCAAGUCCCAGGCGGCCGCUGAUGGAUGCCUGAAUCUUCCCGACGAUGAUCCUCAGGCGGUCGGGAUGGUCAUUCGCUACUUCUACCAGCUGGACUAUCCCUCGGAGCCCUCAACAUACGUGCCUCAGACCAACGGCCAUGCCCACGCGAAUGGACACACCACUGACGACGACGGUCCCAACGGAUCCAUCAAGUCAGACGACGUGCCUCUGGACAAGGACAUCAAGGCGGAGGACCCAGGAGAAACUCUGGAUGAUUUCCUGCCACCCCAGCCACAGCGAACCACCAAAAAGCAGAAGAAGCGCGCCAAAGCCCAGGCGAAGGCUGGCUUGGGUUCGCCCGAGCCCCAGGGCGACUCCCUCGCGUCUCCAGUUGCCCUCGAGGCGUCUCUCAGUCAUGACAACCACAGCGAGGGAGGUGGCGCGAUACUCGAGUCGAAGCCGCCCGCCACUCGCAACGGUAACAUCGCCGUCGAUGCUAAGCCAGCAGCCGCAUCCGUGACGAACACCAAGACCAACGGCAUAGAACCGGUCGCAUCCAGUGGCACCAAGAGUCUCGUCCUGCACGCCAACGUGUAUGCGCUGUCCAGGAAAUACGGAAUCGCCGGCCUGCGGUCCCUAUCAUUCGACAAAUUCCAGGCAGAGGCCGACAGCCAGUGGCACACGGAGGAAUUCUUGCGCGCGGCGGAGAAGGUGUACACCUCGUGCUCCGACGGCGACGACGACCGCAAGAUGAAGGACGUGGUCGUCGGCAUGAUCUGCCGUCAUGGCGAGAUGAUGGAUAAGGCCGAGACGCAGAAGGUCAUGCGGACCCUGCCCAAGGACCUCAUGUACGACAUCUUGAUGCAGGUGCGACAGCAGGGCGGGUUUGCCAUUUGA